UUCAUAAGCUAAUAGGGCUGCAAACAUAACACUGUCCAUCUUUCUUAAGGGACUGUCUCUUAGCCAAGGAUUUCACAUGUUCUCUAUACCCAGCCAGAUCUUUCCUAAUAAGGCCACCGAUGCUUGCAGUGAUACAGAUCAUGUGAAAUCUUUGCUAAGAUACACAACAUCUCUCUGGAGAAGAAGAAUUGAUUAUGAUUUUGUUCUCGUCCUCAUCUACUAUGUCGUUUCAUCAUCAUUCCAACAAUGAAUUUGUGGCUAACGAUCCUAUGCAUCAAAAUUGCAACAUUCUUCGCUCUAUUCAUGUUAUUGGGGAAUGGGGUUGAACAUAAAGUUUAGGGUUUUGAAAUACCUCUAUGAUUCUAAUCAGCAUCUACAAACAAAAAAGGAACGGACGUCUAACACAUUUAAAUGAAAGAAACGUCGACUGCAUUUUGCUUUUGUGCCACGCGUUUAUCAUGCACAAAUUUUAAUCGAGUGACGUCAGGUCUUGGGACUUGUGACUUCACUAAUAAAACCUAUAAGAAAAGGGAUCCAAUUGAUGCCUUUCAAAUGACAGUGCUCUUUUCUCUCCUUUGCUGAGUAGAUCAUACGAUUGUAAGCAACAUUGUCGGUGAGGGAGAACCUUUUGAACGCUCAAGUAAACAAGUGGAGUCAUCGCUAGCUAUAACAUCAAGAUCUGGGUCAGGAGUUUAUUUGUGUGAUUAAGAACACUUUUAUGCCACAGUCUCAGCAAUUGAAGCCUCGAAGUCCUAGCAACGCUUUAAUGGAAGAAUUGAUUAAAGUUUGUGAUACAUGUGGCAAUGUGGGGAGGAAAUACUUGCUGGCUCUUUGUAAAAAAUGCACCGAUGGUGCACAACACACAUAUUGUAUGCGUGUUAAGCUGGAGAAAGUUCCUGAUUACUGGACGUGUGAAGAGUGUACGCCAAGGGAUGUCAGAAGAAGGAAAGGACGGCUAUCUAAAACUCCACUGAACCUUGAUGACUCUAUGUUGAAGUCAGGUUCAUCCAAAUUGAAAAUGAAAGCGGAGUUAGGAAAAGCUGGUUGUUUGAAAAAGCAGAAGGUUGGGAGAAAUCCUGUUUCUCAUGAUGAUAGAAAGGGAAAAGGUCCUAAAUUGGUAUCUGAUUCUAUGUCAUUAAAUAGUCUUAUCUCAGAGAAAUCAAAUACUAGUUCUAAGGUUCUCCUAGCGGAUGCUUAUGGGUUACACAAUCCUACACCGUGCUUAUUGAUUUCUGAUUCUGGUGUCAAUGCAAGAAAAAAUGGAAAGGAAACCAUUUCUAGUGGUGAUUCUUUAUUUUCAGGUUCCAGUUUUCGCAAUCUUGAUGUUGUUGAAAGUUCAGAAAAAUUGGAUCAUAAAUUACAAAGCGAUCAAAACACUCAUAAGGACUCAGAUUGUCCAAAUAUAAAUAUGAAAAACAGGAGCCAGCAAGUGGAGGACCCCAUAGAAGUUGCCAGAGUUAUAAUCAAAGACCCUGCUUUUGAUGAAUGGUCCAGACUGAUCGACACAAUUCUGAUUGAGGAAGCACGUCCUUUACAUGAUCAUCUCAAGCCGGAUUUGCAUUCUUCAUGGACAGGAAGAUUUCAGAUACACAACAUUGAAGGGAUUGCAAGGACUUGUGAUGGGUUUCAAGCUAAUCUAUCAACUUUUUGUUCAGUUAAAAUUCUUGAUUUUGUGAACAGUCUUCCUGAGAUUAUUAUACUGGAGGAAAUCCCUCGAUCGAGGAUCUGGUUCUCUCUCUUUAUGGGAAAUCAAGUCACUAAGGAACAUAUUGAUCUCUACUUUUUUGCUAAAGAUGUUAAUAGCUAUUCUACACAUAGAGGAUUGAUGGAUUGCAUGACCAAUAAUGAUUUGGCUCUGAAAGCAAAUUUGGAUGGGGCUGAUCUUUUAAUUUUUCCAUCAAAUGUUCUGCCUAAGGAAAGCCAGUGUUCGAGUAAUUCGCUGUUCUUAUGGGGUGUAUUCAAAGAAAGAAAGGCGAAUAACUCCACAAACUCAAACACACAAAUCUCAAAUGCUCUAGAGUCAGCAAAUGGAGACACGAAGAAAUAUCAGUCAUUCAAUCUGAAUGUUUUGCCAGAAGAUGUAGAUGAUGAAACAGUAGUAGCUGGAAUUCUUGGAAGUGACAGCAAAAGUGGUAGAAAUGCACAUGUUGAAGAAUCCAAAAAGGAUAUGGAGAACACUCGCUAUUCACAAUUCGCCGUGCCCGCCUCCUUUUCUGAUGCGCCUGCUUCUGCCUCGAUUGCUGCGCCUGCUUCUGCCUCGACUGCUGCGCCUGCCUCUGUUGCACCUUCAAAUGUUCAUCUUCAUCGCACAGGACAGGUUGAAGAAUCUGAAAAGGAUAUGAAGAAUACUCAUUAUUCACAAUUCGCCACACCUGCCUCCUUCUCUGAUGCGCCCGCUUCUGCCUCGACUGCUGCGCUUGCCUCUGUUGCAGCUCCCAAAAUCCCUUUUCGUCGCACAGGACAGGAGCGCAAGGCAGACAGUGAAAAGCAAAUCAUUCAAGUAAACUCCAAAAAUGAGUUUACAUCUGGUCAUAUGGGAGACACACUUUCUGGGCGGGUUCAAACAUCUUUGGCAAAAGCAGAGAGGCACAUGGAUAGGAAGGUGGAGGCUACUUCAUAUGUUGCAUCAGAUUAUUCUCUUACCAAAUGUGUGACUGCUCUUGAAGAGAUACAAGGUAUUUCAGAUGACAUCUAUGGAAAAGCCUUAAAAAAGUUUAAGGAUCCUGAUUGGAGGGAAAUGUUUAUUGCUAUGUCUGAUGAUAGGAAACGUGGAUGGCUACUUAGACUAUAAAAGUUUGUUUUUUUGUUGUAAUAUUUGACAAGACUUUACUGGAUAUGUGGUGAUGCUGAUGCGACAUGCAUAUACUUAUCUUGUAAUGUUAUUUAUGGUCUUUAUGAUUAUGUACUA